UCGGAACUGCCGACCCGAGAGCUACCCGUAGAGGGCCGGCGGCGGGAGCGGAGUGGGUCGGGCGGGGCCGAGCCGGGCCGGGGGCCGUGUGGGGGCCGGGCGGCGGCCGGGCCGGCGGACGGCGGGAUGGGCUGCACCGUGAGUGCCGAGGACAAGGCGGCGGCCGAGCGCUCCAAGAUGAUCGACAAGAACCUGCGGGAAGACGGCGAGAAGGCGGCGCGGGAGGUGAAGUUGCUGCUUUUGGGUGCUGGGGAGUCAGGGAAGAGCACCAUUGUCAAGCAGAUGAAGAUCAUCCAUGAGGACGGCUACUCAGAGGAGGAAUGCCGGCAGUACCGGGCGGUCGUCUACAGCAACACGAUCCAGUCCAUCAUGGCCAUUGUCAAAGCCAUGGGCAAUCUGCAGAUUGACUUUGCCGACCCCUCCCGAGCGGACGACGCCCGGCAGCUGUUCGCGCUGUCCUGCUCUGCGGAGGAGCAGGGUGUCCUCCCUGAGGACCUGUCCGGCGUCAUCCGCAGGCUCUGGGCCGACCACGGCGUGCAGGCCUGCUUUGGCCGCUCUCGGGAGUACCAGCUCAACGACUCUGCGGCCUACUACCUGAAUGAUCUGGAGCGCAUUGCACAGAGCGACUACAUCCCCACACAGCAGGAUGUGCUACGGACCCGUGUGAAGACCACGGGCAUCGUGGAGACGCACUUCACCUUCAAGGACCUCCACUUCAAGAUGUUCGAUGUGGGCGGCCAGCGGUCUGAGCGGAAGAAGUGGAUCCACUGCUUUGAGGGGGUCACUGCCAUCAUCUUCUGUGUAGCCUUGAGCGCCUAUGACCUGGUGCUAGCCGAGGACGAGGAGAUGAACCGCAUGCAUGAGAGCAUGAAGCUGUUUGACAGUAUCUGCAACAACAAGUGGUUCACAGACACGUCCAUCAUCCUCUUCCUCAACAAGAAGGACCUGUUUGAGGAGAAGAUCACACACAGCCCCCUGACCAUCUGCUUCCCCGAGUACACAGGGGCCAACAAGUACGACGAGGCAGCCAGCUACAUCCAGAGUAAGUUCGAGGACCUGAACAAGCGCAAGGACACCAAGGAGAUCUACACGCACUUCACGUGCGCCACCGACACCAAGAACGUGCAGUUUGUGUUUGAUGCCGUCACCGACGUCAUCAUCAAGAACAACCUGAAGGACUGCGGCCUCUUCUGAGGGGCAGCGGGGCCUGGCAGGAUGGGCCACCGCCGACUCUGCUUCCCCCAGCUCCUGAGGAAGAUGGGGGCAAGAGGACCACGCUCUCUGCCUGUCCGUACCCCCCGCCCCGGCUGCUUUCCCCCUCUUUUCUUUCUCUGUUCUUGGCUCCCCUGUUCCCUCCCUCAGUUCCAGAGACUCGUGGGAGGAGCUGCCACAGGCCUCCCUGUUUGAAGCCGGCCCUUGUCCUAGGGUACGC